AGCACAGGUGACACCACACACUUGGGAGCCACCUGGGGCACCUGACCUGGCUCUUGGGGCCAAAGAGCUUUCCCAGGGAGUGGCUUCUUGGUUGAGUCUUGAAAGACACUUAUCAGUGAGGUGGGAAGAAGAAAGGCUUUCAUCUGCAGAGUUUUUGCUGGGGACUCCCAGGUGCCAGGCCCUUCUGAGAGUCGGGAUACAAGAGAGGACAAAGCUGGAAGCUCAGGUUCUGGUUUGGGACACAGACAUACCACAAUCAAAACCCCUGUGGGAAUAAAGAGCAGUGGGGCCUGGAGUCAGACAUGGUGAUUUUAGAGCCUCUCUCGCAUUUACCAACUGUGGGAUCUUGAGUGAGUUACAUUUGGUGUCUGAGCUUCAGUUUCUUUAUCUAGCUGAUCAAAAUAGUAAGAGCUUAGUGUAGUGGUUAGGGCUUCGGGUCUGGCCAGGCCACUUCCUGGCAAGUUCCUAUUCUCUGAACCUGUAUUUCCUCCUCUCUCAGGUGGAGUUAGUAAUAAGAUCUGUGUUCUGGUUGUCUGGCAUGGCAUAAUGAACCACCCCAAAACUCUGGUGUAAGCCAGCAAUAAUUUAUUUUACCCAUAAACCUGAAAUUUGGGCAGGGCUUGGCAGGAGAGCUCACUGCUCUACGUGGCAUCAUUUGGGGUCUCAAGAAGUGGCCAGAGGAUUGACAUCCAAGAUGAUUCAGUCAUGUGGCCCACAAACUGGCCAGGGUUGUUGGCUUGAGCUGACUGUUGACCAGAGGCCAUGAUUCCUCUCCAUGGGGCUGCUUGAGCUUCUUCACAAUAUGGUGGCUGGGUUCCAAGAAGAAGUGUUCUUUUUUUUUUUUUUUAAGAUUUUAUUUAUUUAUUCAUGAGAGACACACAGACAGAGAGAGAGAGGGGGGCAGAGACAUAGGCAGAGGGAGAAGCAGGCUCCCUGCAGGGAGCCUAAUGUGGAGUCGAUCCCAGGACCCUGGGAUCAUGCCCUGGGCCAAAAGGCAGAUGCUCAACCACUGGGCCACCCAGGCGCCCCCCAAGAGGGAGUGUUCCACCACACAUGAAGUGGAAUAUGCGUCUGCAGGCUGAGAUGCAGACAUUGGUGUGGGGUCACUUCUGCUGUACUCCCUUGAUCUAGUAGUCCGAGUCUACCCCGAUCCAAGGGGAGGGGGCAUAGACCCUACUCCUUGAGGGAGGAGGGUCGAAUUUACAGGCAUCUUGAAGCUACAAAACUUACCCCAUGAGGUUUUGAGGGAAUUAAUGUGGCUCCCCCAGAACCACAUCUGACACACAGAAAGUGCUCACAAUGUAUUAUUACCAUUGUUGUUACCAUCAGCAUGGUUAGAACUCCCUGGAUAAGCUCAGAGGACUGACUGGGAGCUUGAGCAGAGCUCAGGGUGGUAGAAGCUUUCAGAAGGAGUAAGCAUUCUGACCACCUGAGCCAAAGCCCAGCUCCUCUGGCUGUGCAACCUCCUGCAGUUCCCUUGACCUCUCUGAUCCACAGUCCCCUGGCCUGUAAGAUGAUGAUAACGACACCCAGCUCUGAGGGCAUUUGGAAGUGUUUGGGCAGAUAAUGCCUGGGUAGCAUUUUGCAUGGUUCCUGGCACAGAAGUGGUAAUUAUUGUUAUGAUUCUUAAGCAGGUGAGGUUGCAGGACAAGUUGGGGGUGGGGGCUGGGCAGGGAGUGAGCAGAGCAUUCCAGGUAGGAAACCUGCCUGCAAAUCUGGGAGGGGAGAGAUGGCGCAGAAGAAUGGCAGGAUGUUCAAAGAAUUAGAGGGUGGAGGGCGUGGCCAGAGCGGGUGGGUCUGAAAGGGCCCUUAGAUGUCUCUUGAGGGCACAGGGGAGCCACAGGAGGGGCAGGGACAGAAAGGGUUUAAGUGUGGAUCCAUAGGCUGGCAGAGGCUGGAGGGAGGAGGCUGGAGGAGAGGAUGGGAUCUGUGCUGGGGUCUGGCCAGUGGGAAUGGAGAGGGAGGGGGAGAGAGGAGGGAAGAAGGCUCCCCAACCUGUGCAUAGAUGUGGAAUGGCACUUGAGAUGGAGAGCCCAGGAAGGGGUUGUAUUGGAGGGAAGAUGCUGGGUUUAGUGGGAUGCAGGGCAUUUGAGGCCAUGGGGGGCACAGAGAUGCAACUCUAGGUCUCAGGAGAGGGUGGGAGACAACCAAUUGAGACAUAUUCUGAGGGCAGCAGGGAGCCAUAGGAGGAGUUGAAGCAUUUGGGCAAUUGCAGGUAUCUGAGGCUGCAGGGAGGACAGAGGAGACUCAAGGCCAGAGGGUGGGGAGAAGGAAGGCUGAACUGAGGCCAAGGCCAUCAGAAGUGGGGCUCUCCAAAGGGUCACCUCACCCUCCUCCAAGAAUUCUUCCUGGCUUCUCUUCCCCAUGGGUUUGCUACCCCAUUUCCGCUGGGACUCAGCAGCUUUCACUAUCUUCACCCUGGGUGUGGGGAGUGCAGGGGUCAUAUGGGACCAGCUGAUGAGGACCAGUCAGGUGGGGUGGCUGGCUCUGCCACUAGAUUGGGGUUGGGGGAUCCUGGCACCGCCCACUGGGUCUGGCUUCCUUCCCCACCCAGGAAGCUACCAGUCCUGUCAGACUUGUUGACCAGGGAGGCACUGGAGUCUCGCUCCAGUGUCCUCACAGGUGCAGCCAGCACCAUGGACACCUCAUGGGCUCUGCUGCUCUUCCUGUUUCUGGCCUCUGGAGGAGAGGUCCUCACCCAUGGAGCCUCUUCUGGAGUUCAGCAAACCAAUUUCUCCUUGGACUCAGAAAGCUCUUCCCAGGGCCCAGGUUCAAAAGUCUCCUACAUCAACCCCCCCAGCUGGAAAUUUCCAGAUCAGUCUCCAGGUUCAAAUGCCACGGCUGCUAUCCCUCAUCUCAAAUGGUUUUCUGAGUCCUCAGAUUUUAACGAUGUGCCUAGGUCCGUCUGGUCAAAUGUUUCUGCUGAGGGCCAAAAGUUGAGCCUGGAUCCUACCUUCUCUGAAAUCCCUGAUUCUGAAGUAUUUUCUGAUAUCUUGGGUUCUCAAGUUCCUGCCAAAGACUCAGAGCCCUCCUUCUCUGUUAAGACCCCAGCUUUGAACAUUUCAGCUCCGGUCCCAGCUACUGAAGUACCUAUUGAGACCCCAGGUUCAAAAGCCUCCCCUGAGGAUCAUGAUCUUGAAAUCUCUGCCCAGAAACCUGAGUCCAAAGUAAUUGCAGGAGCCCAGCCAGGGGAAAGCUUCCCCCAGCAGGUGGGGAGGCCUCUCUCAGUGCUAGUGGGGACCACCAUCCAGCUUCCUCUAGUUCCAGUUCCCAGCCCCGGCCCUCCUGCUCCUCUGGUUGUCUGGCGCCGGGGCUCUAAGGUGCUGGCUGCAGGAGGCCUGGGGCCAGGGGCGCCCCUGAUCAGCUUGGACCCUGCUUACCGAGACCGCUUACGAUUUGACCAGGCCCAAGGGGGCCUGGAACUUGCUUCUGCCGGGCUGGAGGAUGCUGGUCUCUACACUGCUGAGGUUAUCCGGGCUGGGGUUUCCCGGCAGAUUCGGGAGUUCACGGUGGGUGUAUAUGAGCCCCUGCCCCAGCUGUCGGUGCAGCCCCAGACCCCCGAGACAGAGGAGGGGGCGGCCGAGCUCCGGCUGCGUUGCCUGGGGUGGGGGCCUGGUCGUGGAGAGCUGAGCUGGAGCCAGGACGGACGCACCCUGGAGGCGACAGACCCGGAGGGAGCGGAACCACCCCGGAUCCGCACAGAGGGCGACCAGCUGCUCAUCAUGCGCCCCGUGCGCAGCGACCAGGCCCGGUACACCUGUCGCGUCCGCAGCCCUUUCGGCCACACCGAGGCUGCGGCCGACGUCAGAGUCUUCUACGGCCCGGAUGCGCCGGUCAUCAAGAUCUCCUCGGACCGCGACGCCGCCCCCGCCCUCUUUGUCACUGCGGGCAGCAACGUGACCCUGCGCUGCACCGCCGCCUCGCGGCCGCCCGCCGACAUCGCGUGGAGCCUGGCAGACCCGGCCGAGGCCGCGGUGCCCGCCGGCCCGCGUCUCCUGUUGCCCGCGGUCGGCCCGGGCCACGCCGGCACCUACGCCUGCCUUGCCGCGAACCCGCGCACUGGCCGCCGCCGCCGCUCUCUGCUCAACCUCACCGUGGCGGAUCUGCCUCCCGGGUCCCCGCAGUGUUCAGUCGAAGGCGGUCCGGGGGACCGCAGCCUGCGCUUCCGCUGCGCGUGGCCCGGCGGGGUCCCCGCCGCCUCCCUGCAGUUCCAGGGUCUCCCCGAAGGCGUCCACGCGGGGCCGGUGGCCUCUGCGCUCCUGGCAGCGGUCCCCGCCCACCCCCGGCUCAGCGGCGUCCCGGUCACCUGCCUUGCCCGCCACCUGAUGACCACGCGCACCUGCACUGUCACCCCAGAGGCCCCUCGGGAAGUGCUGCUGCAUCCCACAGUGGAGGAAACACGGUCAGGGGAGGUGGAGGUGGUGCUGGAGGCCACUGGCUGCCCUCCACCAUCGAGAGCCUCUUGGGCCCGGGCAGGGCAGCCUGUGGCCCCAGGAGGUGGGAGUCGCCUGCGGCUCAGCCGAGAUGGGCGCAGGCUCCUCAUUAGCAACUUCAGUCUGGACUGGGACCUGGGAAAUUACUCCGUGUUGUGCAGCGGGGCGCUGGGUGCUGGGGGCAACCAGAUCACUCUCACUGGACCUUCCAUCUCCUCAUGGAGGCUGCAGAGAGCCCAGGAUGCAGCAGUGCUUACUUGGGAUGUGGAACGUGGGGCCCUGAUCAGUGAUUUUGAGAUCCAGGCACAAAGAGAAGGCCCUGAUCUGGGUCGAGCCACUAUCUACAAGGACUGGAUUUCUCUGCUCAUCCUGGGGCCUCAGGAGCGGUCAGCUGUGGUACCCCUUCCCCGUCGGAACCCUGGCACCUGGGUCUUCCGUGUCCUGCCUAUGCUGGGGGGCCAGCCAGGGACCCCAUCACAGAGCCAAGUGUACCAGGCCAGUCCCCCCCUGGGCUCUGGGGCCAUUGCUGGCAUCGUCCUGGGUUCCAUACUGGGCCUGGCCCUCCUAGCAGCGCUUCUCUACAAGUGCAUCCGCUGCCUGUCCAGUUUUAGGGAAGACACUCUUAAGAAAAACAAGUGUCCUUCCUCCUUGACCCCUGUGGUUCCCCCACAGGAAAAAAAGAUGCAGAGCAUAACCCCAGUGCAGACCCCACAGCCUCUGCCCUUCAAAGUGCCGCUGGAGGACCCUAGCCCAAACAGGGCCCACCAGGUCACUGGCCCCAGUCCAGUCAUCUCUCCGGGUGGGGGCCUAAGGACUGUUCGGGCAGCCACACAGGUGUGACGGGGCCCACUCUGCACAGGACUUUUUGGUAGGACCUCCUGUUUCACCCCGACAGCAGGCAGGGCCUUCCCGCCCUGCUGAGAUUGAAGACUGGCCAUAGAGCAUGAGACUUCUAAUCUCCCUGUCAGCACAGAAGACUCUACUCAUAUUUGUGCAACUAAGGAGCUGUGGUUCCCAGGCUGGGAGAUAUUCCUUGCUGAUGUACCAGUGUGAUUUGUACAACCUCCAAGCAGGCAGGACGUACAGGCUUGGUGGUGAACAGGCAGGGCUUGUCCUUGCUGUUCUGAGCCCCAGAGAGGGCCCUGCCUCAUUCUCUCAGAAGAUCUUCCUAUGUCCAUUUGUCUCCUCCAGGCCAUUCCCCAUCCAGUAACCAGAGUCUUCAUCUUUAAAACAGCCCAGAUCACAUCCACUUCUCUUUGAACCCUUCUAUGGCUGCCAAUUGCCCUUCAGAUAUUGUCCUGAUUCCUCUCUGUGAUUUUCAAAGCCUUGUGGUUUGGCUUCUGUUGGCCUCUGACCUUCGCUUCCAGUCCUUUCACUCCUGCUACUCAGGAUUAACAACAGAUUUUCUGUCCACACAGCUCUACAUUGCCUCCAGGGCUUUGCCUCAGAGUUUGCUUUGCCUAGAACACCACUCUUUGCCCUGGGUCGUCCACUUCUCAAGUAUAAUGGGAACUGAGAUACAGUGAUUUAUAGGACACGUAUAUUUGAUUAUCAUUUGGUUUCUCAGAUAGAUUUGGUCGUGAUCCACAGUUCUUGAAAACGGUUCAGAGUCAUAAAGGUGAAAUGAGUGUCUUAUUAUUAAUGGAGGUGACUUUUUGGGUUGCACCCAAAGGCAGGACUGGUUGCCUGGAGGACCAAACCUGUGAUUAGAGGAUUGGAAAUUUCAGUUCUACACGCUCCCCACCCCCACCUCCAGGAGGAGGAGGGACUGGAUGUUGAAUCAACCAAUGGCCAGUGACGUAGUCAAUCAUGACUAUAAAAUGAAGCCUAUGAACAAACCCCCGAGGACAGCUCUUUGACCCAUUUCAGCAGAGCUUCCAUGCUGGGGGAACCAGAAUGCCCCCAUGUACCACUAAACUGGGUCCCCAAGCCCCACAACGACAGAGAUUCCUUUGGGAGCUUGCCCUGUGUAUCUCUUCAUCUGGCUGUUGGUUUAUAUCCUUUCUCAUGUCCUUUAAUAAACUGGUAAAUGUAACUAA